CCAAGCAGGCACCCAUACUUCCUGUGGCGGCAUUUCCUUCUGCAACAGAAAGCCAAGCAGGGGUGGCCUCUUUCCAGAUGGAUGUAUUUAGUGUUGGAGAACAAGAUGUUUAGUCUCUGGGGUUUUGUGGUGUUUCUGUGUCUUCAUCAGAGAACGUUCUGCAGUGCCUUUCAAACUUCACGGGUGGAGGUGGAGUAUGGGGAACCUGCUGUACUGCACUGUUACGGCUCAGUCUUGGAAGAAGAAGGGGUGGUGCACUGGGAGCUGAGAGGAGAGGAUGUGAUAAUUCUACGAGAAGGAGAAGCACAAGUUUCGGAAAAAUUUAAGGGUCGGGUUGAGCUGCCUUCAGAGGAGCAGAUCAGGGAAGGGAACUGGUCUAUAGUCCUCAGAGAAACCAGACUCAGAGAUGCUGAUAUGUAUGAGUGCAUCUUUGGAGGAGCAACUACAAUAUCAACUGUCUGGCUCUCAGUCAGUGAGCCCCAAGUCGACCCGUUCAUCACUGCAUUUGAGGGCACUGAGGUGCACCUGGCAUGCUUCAUUAAACCUGAGAGAGAACACAUAAAGCGUUUUUAUUGGACUAUGAAUGGCAGAUUUCUCAUUCAACAUGACCACCAAACCCUUAGCGUAAUGAUGUACCGGUACAAGUUUCCUAAAUCAAUGAAAUUUAAUGAAGAAGAGUUUCAUCUUUAUUUGAGACCCACUAGGAAUGAAAGUGGGAAGUACCAGUGUUGGUAUACAACUGGGGAGUCUGACAGUCCUAAACUUGCAUUACCAGAAAGCUACACACUAACUGUGGUUGGGUUAACCAUUGAUCCUGGUAAUCUUCAUUCCUUUAAAACGACUACAGACGUUCUCCCCCCUUCAGAAACAGCGUUUGACAUGGAAGAGACGAAUAAAAAUGUCUGGGGGAGCUCUGUUAUAUUUUUGCUAGACUGCUGCUGGGACUUCAGAAACACCUACUGAUCAUCUACCAGUUACUUUGGAAAUGUCCACUCAGAUAAUGGAAGCUACAAAAUCUGUUGAGACAUCCUCAGUAGAACAAACCAGAACAUUCCAAGAGAUGGUGACCCUCCUUUCAGAUGAGGCGAAUGCUGUUGAAGCCACUGGAUUCCAAACUAAGCUUCCUGGUCUACUGGAAGACUCCACCCAGCUGAUUCAAGAUGAUGGGCAUCUUCUUCCCAGUGAUCUCGCCAACACACAGCAGACGGAGCCCGUUGAGGAAAAAGAGACAUUUUCAGAUAAGGGCAACCUGGUUGCAACUUGGAGUGUUUUCCAGCUUGGGGAUUUCCCAUGGGUUCGGAUUGGAAUUAUUGGUGGAGUUCUGCUGAUCACAGUCGUGGUUCUGUGUGUUCUCAGAGCUCUCCACCAUAUUUAAUUCACAGGAGGGGACAUGGAUCACCGCUUACAAUGUUCAGUUUAGUUAGGGAUGAAUCAGUAGAUCAGUGGCCACGGCAACCAACACAUCAUCUGCAUGGGAAUAUUUGGGAACUGCAGAAACGAUUGUGUGGAAUUUCUGAAACACA